AUGACAGUGCAAAGUUUAAAUUCAGUUGAAUCAUUUGGAGAGGCCCGAGGAAAGAGAACUGCAGAAUCCAUCCCUGAUGAUGAUGAUUUAUUGUCUUCUAUUUUAGUUGGAAGACGAUCUUCAGUUUUAAAAAUGAAACCCACUCCACUUGCACCUGACAUAAUAUGCUCAAAACGCUCCCGGACUGCUGUUCGCAGUACUGCCUCAAAGAGGAAAGUGCUAAUGGAUGAUACAAUGGUCUUGCAUGGCGAUACAAUACGCCAGCAGUUAACGAAUACUGAAGACAUUCGUCGUGUGAGAAAGAAGGCUCCUUGCACUCGCCCAGAAAUUUCAAUGAUUCAGAGACAAUUUUUGGAAGAUGAUAUUUUCACUGUACCCGUACUUACUGGCAUGUCGGUGGAACUAAUAUUUCUGCACACAGAAACAUUUGAUCUAAGUAGAACCAGGGUUUCUGAAAAUGAUCAAGACAGUGCUUCGGCAGAGUUACAGAAGGAUGUAGAGACUUAUGCCAGGCCAAAUGUAAGUAAAGAAAUUGAACCUGUUAGAAGCACUGAACCUGUAAUAGUGACAGAUGAUCUGGAAGCACAACCUGUUGGUGUUCCUAUUGAGAAUGAAAAGCAGGAGGCUGAAGAUCAUAAUCGAAGGUCUCAGGAUACUGAUGCUCAAGAGCAGGGGAUUACUGGCCUAGAAGAAUUUAAUACUUGCAAACAUCAACCCACAGGGGAGAUAGCUGAAAUGGAAAUUGAAAAAGAGAUUUUUGAAGUUGCUGAUCCUGUUUUAGCAGAUGUUAACAAUGUGUCAACUGAUGUUAACGUCCAGUCAAGGCUUAUGGAUAAAAAAACUGAUGAUGAAGAUGCGUUGCUGCAGAUGGACGCAUUAUGCAUGUCACCAGGUAGGAAGUUGGACGCUCAACCCAUGGAGGUGGAUGCAAGUAUUCAGAAAGGAGCUGAUGCUAUUGAUGCUUUUAAGUAUACUGUUGAAAUCAGAGCAGAUGUUCAGAUAGGAUUUUCUGAUCUCACUGACAACAUAAAUGCUACGCUUGCAACUGUAUCUCUUGAAACUGAAGAAUGCAAAAACCUUAGUUUUUCAAAUGAUCAACCAGUGGAAGAAAUUGGAAAUAAUGAGCAACAUAUGAGGAAUGAAACUGAGGUCCUGGAUGCAAACUUUGGUUGUGAUGACAAGGACCCGAAGUCUAGUUGCUUGCUUGGUGAUGGAGACAACAUUGCUCCCUUAAAUGGUAAGGAAAGUCUAGGUUCUCCGGAGGCUGAUCUACGGAGUGGCAUUGAAGCUGAAGUCACCGCAGAACACCCUGCAGAAGAUUUUGGUCAUUUUGAAGAUGUAGUUUUGGGAAAUGAUACAGAAUUUUUGAAUGUAGAUGAUGAUGAUAUAGCUGAAGAUGUCGAUGACAUACCUUGUGCUGAAGACACGCGUCUUCUUGAGAACAGUGGGUGGUCUUCCCGCACCAGAGCUGUUGCCAAGUAUCUCCAAACUUUAUUUGAAAAGGAAGCUGUUAACGGGAAAAGGGUUCUUGGCAUGGAUAGUCUGUUAAAUGGUAAAACUCGUAAGGAAGCAUCAAGGAUGUUUUUUGAAACAUUGUACAAUCUUGGGAACUCCAUAAGCAUGUACAUGAAAUUAGCAGAGCUAAAACAAUACUUUUGA